GAUCUCGCCCCUCCCCACUGCCGGCUCGCAGAAUAAAACGCUGAUCUCAUGCCCUGCGCGGCCGGAGCCCUUGGCUCAGCACCGGGCGCAGCCCAGGCAGCCUCCACAGCCCCGGCCAGCGGCCAGCUUUGCAGGCCUCCCCCAGAUCCCGCAGCCAUGACUUCCUACCGGCAAGAGCUGGAGAAAUACAGGGACAUCGACGAGGACAAGAUCCUACAGGAGCUGUCAGCCGAGGAGCUGGAGCAGCUGGACACUGAGCUGCUGGAGAUGGACCCCGAGAACGUCCUGCUGCCGGCGGGGCUGCGGCAGAGGGAUCAGACGCAGAAGAGCCCAACGGGGCCACUGGACCGCGAGGCGCUGCUGCAGCACCUGGAGAAGCAGGCGCUGGAGGCCAAGGAGCGCGAGGACCUGGUGCCAUUCACUGGGGAGAAGAAAGGGAAACCCUUCGUACCCAAAAACCCAACACGGGAGAUCCCCCGCGAGGAGCAGAUCACGCUGGAGCCGGAGCUGGAGGAGGCGUUGGCCAAUGCCACCGAGGCUGAGAUGUGUGACAUCGCAGCCAUCCUGGGGAUGUACACACUGAUGAGCAACAAGCAGUACUACGACGCGAUCUGCAGCGGGACCAUCACCAACACGGAGGGCAUCAACAGUGUGGUGAAGCCAGAUAAGUACAAACCAGUGCCAGAUGAGCCCCCAAACCCCACCAACGUGGAGGAGACCCUGCGGCAGAUCCAGGCCAACGACAGCGCGCUGGAGGACGUCAACCUCAACAACAUCAAGGACAUUCCCAUCUCCACGCUGAAGGCCAUCUGUGAGGCCAUGAAAACCAACACCCACGUCAAGAAGCUCAGCCUGGUGGCGACCCGCAGCAACGACCCCGUGGCCACUGCUGUGGCCGAGAUGCUGGCAGAGAACAAAACGCUGCAGAGCCUCAACAUUGAGUCCAACUUCAUCACCAGCGCCGGCAUGAUGAGCGUCAUCAAGGCCAUGUACCAGAACAGCACCCUGAGCGAGCUCAAGGUGGACAACCAGUGCCAGCGUCUGGGGGACACGGUGGAGAUGGAGAUGGCGACGAUGCUGGAGCAGUGCCCCUCCGUCGUGCGCUUUGGGUACCACUUCACACAGCAAGGCCCCCGCGCCCGCGCCGCCAUCGCCAUCACCCGCAACAACGAGCUCCGUCGCAAGCAGAAGAAAACCUGAGCGUCCCCCGCCAUGGCUCCACUGGAGCCCGGAGCUCGGCUCACCCUGGGCUCUGCUUUGGGCUCCCUGGGGCCAGAUCCGCUGUAAAUAAAGAGGAUGGAGACACGGGGCUGGA